AGUGUUUCUACUCUGAUCUUUCUGGUUUAACAUAAGAAUAUUUUCAUUGGUGCUGAAGAUCGCCUCGGUGCGUUUUAAAGUAGGUUGCCGUAGCUAAUUUUUAUAGUAAGUUUCGUCUUUCCCAAUCAGGAUCGGGUUACCUACGCCUACAAUGGUGCGUUUUGUAACAACUUGCGCACUGGCGUUUGUGCUGGUCGUAACAAUAAUUGGUAGCUCCCCGGUGCGGGCGGACAGGCUGCUGGACGAGCUGCUCAACGAGUUCGACGACGACGAUGAGGCUCUGUUGCGGCACAUGGAGGAGAAGCACGUGAGCAAGGAUCUGGUUCGGGAGAACCAAUUGGCACGUGAACAGUCCGCGUGGUUGGCGGCAGAGGACACGCGGUACGGGUCGCCGCCCGAGGACGAGGACGGCGAAGCACCGAACGGUGUGCCGCGCCUGACGGACCCGUGCAAGGGGGUCCGCUGUGGAGCGGGGCGCGUGUGCAGUGUCAGCGAGGCCGACGGUCUGGCAGAGUGCAUCUGCAUCCCGGAGUGUCCGACCGAAACCGAUCCGCGCCGCAAGGUGUGCACCAGCUUGAACGAGACCUGGGAUUCCGCCUGCGAAGUCCAUCGCCAGCGGUGCCUGUGCAACACCCACGAUCAGCAGUGCCGCAGCGAGGAGGUACGGCAUGUGCACAUCAACUACUACGGCUACUGCCGGCAGAUGCCCGAGUGCUCGGAUAGCGAUCUGGCCGACUUUCCGCGGCGGAUGCGCGACUGGCUGUUCAACGUGAUGCGGGACCUGGCGUCGCGCAACGAGCUCCCCGAGCCGUACAUGGAGCUGGACCACGAGGCGAUGACGAACAUGACGAAGCGCUGGACCAACGCUGCCAUCUGGAAGUGGUGCGAUCUCGAUGGCCACCCGCACGAUAAUACCGUCUCUCGGCACGAACUGUUCCCGAUUCGCGCACCACUGAUGGCCCUCGAACACUGUAUCUCGCCGUUCCUGGAAACCUGCGACCCGAACCGCGACCAUCGCAUCUCGCUGCAGGAAUGGGGCAAGUGCCUCGAGCUGGAGGAGGACGACCUGACCGCUCGUUGUGCCGAGAUCACGAAGGACGAUGAGUCGGAGAAAAAUGAUAUCGAGGCUGGGGCAUAACCGACACGCCCAGGACUCGCUGCUAUAUUAAACCCUACCCCCUACGUCUACACGGAACGCUCGUUCCCUCUCGAAGUUUUCCCUAUCCUGCUCAAAACAGCUUCAAACGAACGCUAAUCCAUGCCGACUCGACUACCAUUAUUCCUACGGUUUUUUGCUACAUAGCAACGGUUUGAACCCCCUCGGUCGGCGAACGAAACAAAGCAGGAAAACAAAACCUUAGUAAUAACUGAGAUGCUUGUGCUGAACGAACACAUUUCAAUUUCAUGUGGAAUGUCUGAGGUUCGGGGAAAAUUAAAAAAACGAUAGGUAAUAUACUAACUAUAAACCUUCGCGCCGUUGCACAAUAUACCACGCGCCGCGCAAAUGUAUAACCGAAAAUCGUGAAUAAAUUUAAAUAAAUGUACGAACCGGAAAA